UUCAGUGCCUCUUUGGAUGGUGGAGGGAGUAGGUGUGUCUGCCGUCGUGUUCCAGAGAAUGUAAGAGAAAAUGGGCAGUAGUGAGUGGGAGGGGUUACUGGAGCGGCGGCUGGCGGUGCUGCCAGGCUCCAGGGACCCAGGUGGAGGUCCUAUCCUCAUCAUUCCCUUGCCCCAAGACCCCAGUAACCAUGACUCCGGGGCCAUCUCCGCCACUGUCAAGUACCUCAAGACCAUCCCCAGUUUGAGCGCUCGGGAGCGGGGUUGGGUGGUGGUGGUGGACGCAAGAGUCUGCCACUACCGCCUCGUCAAGCCCACCGUCAGCACCAUCCGCGCCACCCUCGGCUACAUCAGACACCUCUUCGUUGUCAGGCCAGAGGGCUUCUGGGACAAGCAGCGUGUCGAUUGUCGCAAGAGUGAGGUAGAUAGUCAGGUGACCCUGAGUGUGAGCAAGCUGACGCGGUACGUGGAGCUAUCACAGCUGCCUGUCGAACUGGGAGGGACCCUCGACUACGACCACACCGCAUGGCUCAAGACCCGCAAGGCGUACGAGGAGUUCGUAGACGAGUGUGAGCGAGCUCGUCGUGACCUGGAGACGCUGCAGGUGGAGCUUCGUCGGGAGGAGCCGUGCAGCCGAGCCUCCACUCUACACGACCUCCUCUCCGUCAACACCAACACCUACAACACCAUCACUGCCAGGCCAGCUGUCAUCUUCAACAUAGGUCAAGAGGUGUUGAAGGUUCUGGAGAUGGACGAGGAGUCAGGGUUCAGGGUGUGUGAGGGCCAAGGAGACUCGGCUGAGGCGGCUUCCAGAGUGCGAGCCAUGCUUCACGACCUCCACCUCCUGACUACUGCUGUAGAGGCCUGCUGGAGGAGGCUCAACACCGCCCUCGACACCUACAUGCAGGUGCGGGAACUGGAGAGCGACAUGAACGACAUCGGGCAGUGGCUGGUGUCGGCGGGGCAAACGCUGCUGGCGGAGACCAGUAUUGGUACUACCACCGACCAGGCCGAGGCUCUCCUCAGGGAACACGAGGCCAUCGAACUCAAGUGCAGGGAGACUUACGGACGGUGGGCAGGACUGAGGUAUAAAGUUGAAGAUGCCUUGGACCGUGGUGAUGGUGACCUGCGGGCCUUGGCUGACCACCGCACUACCACCACUGACCUACGCUCCCUCAAGGACUACACAGACACCCUCGUCAGGACCUUCGCCUCUCGGCUGGACCGGCGGCGCACACUUAUCUUGGCCUCGGUGAGGUUCCACCGCAUCGCUCACCAGAUGGGAGAGCGAUGUAGUGUACUGCUCCAGCAGCACCGCUGGCUGCCACACACUCACCACGUCGACACACUCAAGAAGACACUCAGAGAACUUACCUCUCGCAAAGAGGCCAUUGACUACCUAGCAUCGGAAGGCACUCGGGCUGGGGAAAAGCUUCUGGAUCUGUUGACAGUCGGGGUGAAAGACUUGUCUGGCAGGGACAUUACGCCCGACUACACGGCCGAACUCAACCAUGUGCACGCGCUCCUCACAGCCCAGCACGAGCACUACGCACGUGCAGCACGCCAGGCUGACCUCCACAAACUACGGCUGCAACAGAACAUCCAGCUCCUCACCUGUCAGCGGGACGUCAAACAGGCUCACAAGUGGCUGAAGGCCUUACUGGAGGCCCUGGUCAAAGCCCACGCUCACGUGGGUCGUUCUUCUGAGGAGAUCCGUAGACUCAAAACAGAGCAUCAACAGUUCCAGGAAACCGCUUCAGGCACGUUCGAAUACGGGUACGAAUCUGCAAGAGCGGCGUUGCUAGUGGAGAAGUCUGCAGGAGGGAGCGUGCUGUGUGAAAGCCGUAGUAUGGUGGGUGACCUUGAGAACGUGUGGAAGAUGUUCGUGCAGGGCUCCCAGGAACAGCUCACCAGGCUCAGGGUCGCUGGUGUCUUCUUCAGGACGAUGGAGCAGCACCUGGAGCGGCUUGACAGCUUGUGCACGAGUGCGAUGGAGAAGAUGAGUAGCCGUGGCCCGACAGCUGACACUGAGGCCCGGAACCUCUUCACCUCCCGGGAUCGCCUGCUGCGGGAAAUCGGCAGGAACGUGCGCCUGGGCAAGCUGCUAAAGGAACGUUUGUCGGACCCCCUCGUCCCAAACUUCAGUGUGAGGGAGCACAACGAGAAUCUGCUGGCCCAGGAGUCCAUCAGCGAGCGUAUUCAACAUAUUACUAAUCGUGCCCAACAGCUCGACGCUCUAAUGUUUCCUUCAGCUGUGGCUGCUACACCCACACCCACUGUCCACGACACUCAAGCUAGACCUGACGCCGACCACGAGGGGAGUGGGAGCACGGGAAGCACAGAGUACUGGACGUGUUCAGAGUGCAGAAGCACCAGCUCCGGCUCCUACCACACCUGCCCAGAGUGUCAGCAACUCCGUGACCUCUUCACCCACGAUGACACGAGACCGCCAUCCGAGGCCGACCUCCCGCUAGACGAGAUUCUCAGAAGGUCCAGAUCGAGAACCAAAUCGGGGUCGAAAGGCAAAGAUGACCCGGCAAAAGCCGGAGCCAAGCAUCGUAGUCGAUCCAGAUCGAGAAGCCGCUCUAUCCCGCGAGUUUUGGAUGACGAAGAGACGAAGGUCACCACGGCGAAACGAGGCGCUCCUCGGGAUCACCCAGAUGCCAUCGAGAGAGCCACUAGGUCCAGAUCACGCUCACGCUCGAAGUCACUCACGAGGGAGAUCGUAGCUUCCUUCAAGGAAUUUAGAGACAAAGUAACCAGGGGCAGGUCGCGAUCGAAGUCUAGGGAGCGGAAGAAAAUUGAGGAAGAUGAGGCUGCAACUGCAAAGGUCGGAUCCACAGAAGACAACAGGCUCGAGGGGAUGGCCAAUGGCGACAUCCGCAUCCCUGUACAGGUGCAGCCACAAAUCUCACAUCCACCUGGCAAACCGGAGAAGGCGUGGAAGGAAGUAUCCUCCGAGACCGUGAGGACUCGGGUGAUACUGCAUGGUGGGGACACACAGGGAGACAGGACACUCACGUUGGAGCAGAUCACCUCCGUCCGGAAGCCGGAAGACAUCCAGGACUCGCAAACCCUCAGGAACGCUUUCAGGUGGAAAUCUCCACCUUCUGCAGCUGAUUCUUCUUCACCGCGAACUUCCACUUGGGCACAGCCAAAAGCUGCUGUCACUGAUAUCUGUGAUCGUGCUUUUACUUCACCCGAAUCUUCACAACUUGCCCACACACCAGUAUCCCUUCUGCCUGUUCACUCUCCUGUGUCCACCGCUAGCCGCCAUGCUACACCGCUUGUACAAACUUCACCAUUUGGGCUUCCUUCUAGUACAUCUACAUCUGCUGUAGCUGUAUUUCCUCAAGAGGCCAAUGAAGACGCUUCUGUUCCUCAAAUUAGCCAAGUUUUUCCUCCAAUAGUAGAAAGUGGUAUGCGUGAGUGUGUUAUUAGUCCAUCUGAGGAAGUGUGGCCCCCGCCACCGCUCGGGCUUCCUUCAAGCUCAUCUACAACUACUGUAGCUGUGUUACCUCAGGAGGCAAAUGAAUACGCUUCUGUACCUCAAAUUAGCCAAGUUUCUCUUCCAGCGGUAGAACAUUGCGUGUGUGAUGGUGUUAGUAAUCCAUCUGAGGAAAUUUGGCCCCCACCACCAGACCUCCCACCACCUGAGGAACCCACACUGAUCCAGGUGAGGCCAACGGGUUUAAUAUCACUGGCAAACGUAGAUUCAGAACCGGUACCACCAUCUCACAGUCAUGUACUUGCUAGUGAAACAAAAACAUUACCUCCCUCAUGCCCCGCUGUUGACGAAGAUUUACCACCUCCACGACCCCCAACUCCUGAUCUUGAAGUCGACGAUGCUCCUCCCCCAAGGCCGCCUGAACCCACUGAUGUGUACGAAGAUUGUGUUCUAACUAAUAUGCCAUCUGCGCAUAAUGCACCUUCCUGUCCACUUCCUCCUAGCAGUUAUGAGGUCGUACCCCCUCGUCCUGCUCCUCCGGUGUUAGAUAAUUUGGCGGAAGACUUGCUUGAGUGUGCACCUCCACGGCCCGACCCUCCUAGCGAUGACGCUGAUGAUGAGCGUGAGACAACUCCGCCCAGACCACGACCUCCGGUUGAGUAUGAGAUAGUGAUCCCUCCGCGGCCUCCCCUUCCCACAAUACACGAGUAUUCACCUAUCCGUGAAGGUUCUCCUGUUUUAGAGGAAUUACCUGAAAACACAAAGAAUGGGGUAAUACCGUCAUGGCAAAAAACAUCAAUAAUUAAAAAAUUUACUCCUCCCAGGCCUACAGAGGCUGACAUGGAGACCCCGCCGUCCCCACUGCUUCCACCGCCACCAGAAGAGAGUGAACUGCAGGCGAAGCUUGUUCCCACAGAAGCCGCACAAGAAAACUCGUCGCCGUCGGAUCAUCCCUACACUUCCUCUUCCCCGGAAAAAUCGGGUACCUCUCCGGAAAAAGAAUCUGACGGAGACACCGGUACCGCCUCUCUGAAAGACCCGAGAAGUGUGACGGAUGAAAGUUCCCAGCAGCCUCUAGGUCUCCCGCCUGUCUUCCCUCACACGAAAGAAGGCGAGGAUGAGAUCAUCCGCAAGAUGCGCAAGGUAAGUUUUCUGAUUAGUGUUAGCUGGUGAUUUUCAUCGCCAAACACCCCGAGUCACUCACAGCUUAU